GGGGGGCCGGCCCAAGCGCCCGGGCAGCCGCUCCCUGCUGACUCGAAGUGUGGGCGGGGAGAGGAGGGCGGAGGGAAGAGGAGGAGGCGCCGUUGCUGCCGUUUGCCUCGGCGGCUGCGAGAGCCGGCACUGGUCCGCAGCAGGCUGCUGCCACGGCCGCCAUGGACGAGCAGGCGGGGCCCGGCGUCUUCUUCAGCAACAGCCACCCGGCGGCAGCCGCGGGAGUCAAGGGGCUCGGGCCCUUGGCAGAAGCGGCGGCCGCGGGCGACGGGGCGGCUGCGGCGGCUGCGGGGGCGGCCCGAGCCCAGUACAGCCUCCCUGGGAUCCUGCACUUCCUGCAGCACGAGUGGGCCCGCUUCGAGGUGGAGCGCGCCCAGUGGGAGGUGGAGCGGGCGGAGCUGCAGGCCCAGAUCGCCUUCCUUCAAGGAGAAAGGAAAGGACAAGAAAAUCUGAAGAAAGAUCUAGUAAGGAGGAUCAAAAUGCUGGAAUAUGCUCUUAAGCAGGAAAGAGCCAAAUACCACAAGUUGAAGUAUGGGACAGAGUUGAAUCAGGGAGAUAUGAAGCCUCCAAGUUAUGAUUCUGAUGAAGGCAAUGAAACAGAGGUGCAACCACAACAAAACAGCCAGUUAAUGUGGAAACAAGGGAGACAGCUGCUCAGGCAGUAUCUGCAGGAGGUUGGAUACACGGAUACCAUACUAGAUGUAAAAUCAAAACGGGUACGAGCUUUGUUGGGCUUUGCGAGUGAUGUCACUGAGAGGGAAAAUGAGAAAAAUCAGGAGUCAGUUAUAAAUGGAGCAGAAGCUGAAAUUCAUAAAGAAACAGUUAUGAUUGGGAAACCAGAGUUAACUGAUUCUGCCUCUGUACUGGAUACUUUCAAAUUCCUUGAAAAUGCAGACUUCAGUGAUGAAGAUGAUGAAGAUGAUAUUGAUGGGAGAGAGAAAACCAUCAUUGAUACUUCAACGAUUGUUAGGAAGAGGGUGUUAUCUGAUAGCAGUGAAGAUCAAGCUACAAAAGCAGCUCUACAGGAGUUUGAUUUCUUGGGUGCCCCAGAUGAAGGAGAUGGAGAAUCUAGAAGCGUAGGCGAUGGAACAGAAUGGGAAAAGGAAGACCAGUGUCUCAUGCCUGAAGCCUGGAAUGUGGACCAGGGAGUAAUUACCAAACUCAAGGAGCAAUACAAAAAGGAGAGAAAGGGGAAAAAGGCGGUGAAGAGGCCCAACAGGUCAAAAUUACAAGAUAUGCUUGCUAACUUGAGAGAUGUUGAUGAACUUCCCUCCUUGCAACCAUCUUUGGGAUCACCUUCUCGACCGAGCAGUUCAAGGCUUAGUGAACAUGAAAUUAACAGGACAGAUGAAGUGGAAGCAUUAACAUUCCCUCCUACAUCAGGGAAGUCAUUUAUCAUGGGAGCAGAUGAAGCCCUUGAAAAUGAGCUUGGUCUUGGUGAAUUGGCAGGACUUACAGUUGCCAAUGAGGCUGAUUCACUGACUUAUGAUAUAGCAAACAAUAAAGAUGCUUUGAGGAAAACCUGGAAUCCAAAGUUUACAUUAAGAAGUCACUUUGAUGGAAUUCGAGCACUUGCUUUCCAUCCAGUUGAGCCAGUUUUGAUAACAGCAUCUGAGGAUCAUACAUUAAAAAUGUGGAAUUUACAAAAAACAGCUCCAGCAAAAAAGAGUACCUCUCUUGAUGUGGAGCCUAUCUAUACAUUCAGAGCUCAUAAAGGUCCAGUCCUCUGUGUAGUAAUGAGCAGCAAUGGUGAACAGUGUUAUAGUGGAGGGACAGACGGCCUUAUUCAGGGCUGGAAUACAACAAACCCAAACAUCGAUCCCUACGACUCUUAUGACCCUUCUGUUUUAAGAGGUGCACUUCUGGGCCACACAGAUGCAGUCUGGGGCUUGGCUUAUAGUGGAGUGCAUCAACGUUUAUUGUCCUGUUCAGCAGAUGGCACUCUUCGUUUAUGGAAUACAACUGAAAUUUCUCCAGCCCUAAGUGUGUUUAAUGAUAAUCAAGAACUGGGAAUCCCUGCCUCUGUGGAUCUAGUGAGCAGUGAUCCGAGCCAUAUGGUAGCAUCAUUCAGCAAUGGAUAUACUAGCAUCUUUAACAUGGAAACACGACAGCGCAUUCUCACUUUAGAAGCCAACCUAGAUACAAGCUCUAACAUGUCCUGCCAAAUAAAUAGAGUCAUCAGUCAUCCAACUCUUCCAAUCAGUAUCACUGCUCAUGAAGACAGACAUAUUAAAUUCUAUGAUAAUAACACAGGAAAACUGAUCCAUUCGAUGGUUGCUCACUUAGAAGCUGUUACAAGUUUAGCAGUUGAUCCCAAUGGCCUAUACUUGAUGUCUGGCAGUCAUGACUGUUCAAUACGUUUAUGGAACCUAGAAAGCAAGACCUGUAUCCAGGAAUUCACAGCUCAUCGAAAAAAGUUUGAGGAAUCAAUUCACGAUGUGGCAUUCCACCCAUCAAAAUGUUACAUUGCCAGUGCUGGAGCAGACGCCUUGGCCAAAGUCUUUGUAUGACAUGAUGCCUCCUUUUCAACCUCUCACUCUUUCUGUAUAAUCAGCUGCACACAAGAGAUAACAGAAGACAAGGGGGAAAGUCAACUUUUCUUGCCCUUUCAUUCUGCCAAUGGAGCACAGAGAACAUUUGUUAAAAUAUAGUUUUUGCAGUCGAUGUACUGUUUUCUAAAACCAAGGUUUGUUCAGGUUGCUGCAAGCUCAGCUGGUUCUGUGAGCCUGAAAACUGUUUCAAAUUAUUCUGAAAGUAUAUGCUUUUAUUUGUGAGGGGGUUCUUAUUCGCUGGGCAGGCCUGAGCGAAACGAGCUUCAUUUAGUCCCUAUGGAGGAAUUGGGGCGCUCUUUAAGGGAGGGAUACAUCAAUAACAUGAUUUAUUGGGGAGGGGUGGAGGGAGCAGGGGAACUUAAGCAUGUUUUUCAUUUGAGAAAUUUUGUCAAACGUGCACGUUAGGUAGUCACAACAGUGGCUUUUAACAUGUCCACUGGACUAACCCUUUUGUGAUGAUGACUAGGCAGUUCUGAAAAGAGUUUAGUUUAGCGUGUCUGUGAGCUUUACACAUAAAGUGACUGGCAAAACAUUUUACCUGUUAAAAAAAGAAUGCAAUAACAUGCUACAUAUAUUAUUCAAUAUGCCAAUCAGAUACUUAGUUUGCAGGCAGAAUUAUAUAUUGUAUUACAUUUUUGAAAAUAGAGUUGUUACCAAGUGACUGAGAGUUUAGUUGUUAGAUAUUCAACUUUAAGGAGAAUGUUUGAUACAGUCUACACUUACUAAGGGAUUUAACUUAUUCAAACAUUCAAAUUUGAGUCUCUUUAUUAUUCAAAGACAGUCACUAGCACAGGUCUCUGACAUAAAUAACCUGUAUUACUGUUAAAAUUCAGUUUUAUUCAUGUGAUGUUUAUAAUACCAAAAUGGUCAACCAUUCUUAUCAUUGAACUCACAGCUGGAUAGAUGCAAAGCAAAAAAAAAAAAAAAAAAAAAAGAAAAUGUUUAGAGAGAGUCUCAUUUGUUUAUGUUCACAUAACCAUGCUUCAGAUUAUCUAUGUACUCUUUCUUCCCUAACCCUCAGGUUGGGCUAUCUGAUAGCCUUCAAUAAUACUAUGAUACUUAAUGUUGGUUUAGGAAAAUAACCCAAAUUCAAUCUUCUAGGGUUGGGUAGGUCCAUCCUGUUGCUUUUUGUAAAAAAAAAAAAAAAAAAAACCAAAAAAUCUAAACAAAGCACAAGCAGUAUACCUUCAAAAACCCUAGUUUACCGCUGCUAGGAGGGAAGACAUCUGUAUGGAAAGGUCAGUUGCAUAUCUUUUUUUUUAAAAGACCUUAAGCUGUUUCUGGUUUGACUUUUUUUUUUUUAAGAGCAAUGAGUUUAGUUGUUGGUUCUGGAAAACCUGUGAAUGAAAGUCGAUUAUUUCUUUCUGAGCAAGUGAUCUAGCUGCCACAGUUCAACCUCAUACACCAUUCAGAUUUCUAGUGCCAGACCUUACUGCCUAACUGAAAUCUAUUUUACCUCCUAUCCCACCCCUUCUCUUGGACACCCAAACCCAGGGACCAGUUGAAAACGUAUAUAAAUCAUUGAACAUAACAACUUUGCUUUCAAUAGCCUCUCAAGUUAAAAAAAAAAAUAACAGGCCAUAAUAAACCCUUUUGCUUGCCUGAAAA